AUGGCGUCGCUCACCCGCCCAGAGGCCAUCACUCGCCUCAAGUCCAAUGUCGGAGCCAUCUCAUUGUUGACCUUUGCCCGCUCCUUUUUCACCCCCUACCUCGCUCUCCGUGCGAUGGUUGUUGGUGUCCUCGACUCGUUUGCAUCGUCCCCACGUUCGGCGCGUGGAAGCGACUAUGUGUGGUGGAUUGAGACGGCAAUCACUGGCAUGCUCCUCUUCAACAUUGCCCAGGCAGCCUACUGCAUCCAGUCCCCCAAGCCCGCUCUCCAGCCCACGCAAAAGGGACUGAAGUUUGUUCCUCUCUCCAAGUCGUCCCCUCUGACUCGCUCGUACAACUCUUCGAUACCCGACAUGGUCUCGACUGCAACUUCGGCAGCCUCGCGCAACACCCAACAGUCUCCUCUUGCGCAGUCUCUGUACCGUUCGACUCCCACCCGUCCCUCACAGCUGAGCACUGUGACCCCCGAGCGCGGCGCGGCCUCGCCAGGCCACUCGAGUCUGUCAUCGUCCACGGCCCGCGUCCUCAACCUCGCGCAGCCCGGUACGCCUAGCAGUACGGGUCUGUUCUACGACGACACCUCUUCCGCGUCCCCUUCCAAGGUCGCACGUGGAGCAGCUGGUGCGGCAGGUACUGCCUCCCCUGCUCCGACCACCACACGCUCCGACUUUGUGGUCGUCGACCGCGAGGAGCAAGAGUGGAUGGACAAUGUCUGGAUGGGUGUCCGCGGUAAGAGUGAGGGCAAGAUUGGUCUCUAG